AGUACCAGGUAGCUAGCGGGUACACCUGGUGGGCGGGCAAGGGUAUAAAUUAUGGUGUCUUCCUCCUGGCUGCCAUAAUCACGCAAGACACAGAAGGCGGCAGUACAUCAGAAUCCGCUUCAGACUCAACAAUAAACAACAUUUGUAUUCAGUUCUUUAGCUUCAACUUAUCAAGAAAGAUGUCAAACGACUAUGAGGUGGAGCCCGUCACUGACAUCAUCAACUUCGGUGAGGGGCCACACUGGUCCGUGGACGACCAGGCCCUCUACUUCGUCGACAUGUAUGAGCAGCUGGUGCGUCGCUACCACCCGACCACUGACACACACACCAAGUUACACAUAGAGGGCGGGCCCAUCACACUCGUGGUGCCGCACAAGAACGAGAAAAACACCUUCGUCGUAAGCAUCGGUCGUAACCUGGCGGCGGUGACCUGGCCAGACCCCAACCAGGACUUCUCUGUCACCGCCGAUGACUACAAGGUCUUGGCCACCGUCGAGCAGGACCUCCCAGACAACCGCUUCAACGACGGGAAGUGUGACGCCAACGGCAGAAUGUGGGCUGGAACAAUGAGCCAAGAGGAGGACCCUGACCAUCACGGCAGCCUCUACCGCCUCGACGGUGACCGAACCAUCACCAAAAUGGUAGACAAGUUGACCCUCAGCAACGGGAUGGCCUGGACUGAGGACAACACCACCAUGUAUCACAUCGACACCAACGAGUACAAGGUCAACGCUUUCACCUUUGACCUCACUACCGGAACUAUAAGUGACCGUCGUGUGGUGAUCGACUUCCAGGAGGCCGGCCUCGCUCCGGCUAAACCAGACGGCAUGACCAUCGACACGGACGGUAACUUGUGGGUCGCAGGGUUUGGUUCAGGCACGAUUUUCAACAUAGAGCCCAGCAGCGGGAAGGUGUUAAGGAAGGUGGGGGAGCUGCCCUCAAGUGAGACCACCUCCGUUUCUUGGGGCGGACCCGACUUAGACCACCUCUUCAUCACCACUGGGGCAGGUCCUGUCUACAGGGUGACAGGUCUCGGGGUGAAGGGUCGCCCUGGCGCCUCCUGCACAGUGGAACUCCCCGACGUUGCUACCACUCAAUAGUAUCAUGAUGACCUUCCCCCAUCCCCAGCCUCUCUGACACAGGCAUCUAUAGAGGACGUCUUAAGUGCUGUCACCUCCACAUUCUACAUACGAAAUCCUUUGAUGGUUUACUACGACUGUCCAUCUCAGUGCAUCAUUCCCCGUCGACCUCACCAGAGACAUAGUUACCCACACACCACCUGUUUUGGUCUGCUCGAUUACAAGUGAUAUUAUGGCAACUGUGGUAUAAUUUAGGAACAUUUUAAAAGCAUAAGCCACUAACUUAACCUAAACUAACCUAACCUAGCUCUAACUCUAACCUAACCUAACCUAACCAUAAACCUUUAAAAUAGAAUAUAUUUACUGUAUACAUAUUUUCUAUUAAUAAAUCAUAUACGUUCAAUCUAAACCAUA